AUGGCGAGCACAUCGACUGUUGUUCGCAAAUACCAUGCAAACUAUCUAGCCUCAAAUGAAUACUUCGCUAUCGCUCUGGACCACGUCCCGUUGCUCACAGACUCCGGCAAUUAUCUAUGGUGGAAGCUCCACGUCUCAUACGCUCUCAAGGCUGCCGGGUACUGGGGUCACGUUGACGGCUCCGACAGCUUCACCAACGAACAACAGCAGUAA